CUCCCCUCAAUUGCGCUAUUUCAUCGACCAACUUUCCAACAUCGCCUCUAUAACGAACUUAGCCCCGAACAGUCCACUGCUUUGCUUGCUUCUAUGUUCUCGUUGUCCGCCAGGCAUUUAUACAACGACAAAAGCAAUGUCCGAAAGAGCGUACUGGAUCCAUCCAAAUUCUACAAGAUUGCAUCAACGUUAGUGCAUACACAGUUGCAAAAUUGCGGCGACAAACCACCACCAUUAGUGCUCCUUCAGACUUUUAUAAUAACGACAUACUAUGAACUGGUCAGCGGUGUUCGCGGAAUCGCAUGGAGAUCGCUAGGAGCCGCAAUUAGAAUUGCAUACGAACUUCGACUUCACCUCGUUGAUCUACCUCUGAGGUUAUCUCCGACAAGCACUGAUUCGGAUUCGGUAAACGUAUGGAUUGCUAAAGAAGAAAGACGAAGAGUGUGGUGGACUCUUUGGGAGCUCGAGGUUUUUGCAUCCUUUAUACGCAGAAGUCCACUCGGCAUGGACCUAAAUCAGCACGCUACGCUUCUGCCUGUUGGUGACACAUGCUGGUUCAAUGGAGAAAAAAGCGCCAGCUGCUUCUUCGAGCCAGAUCCAGUCCUUCGAUGGAAGGCACUGAAAAAAAGCGACAACGAAAGUGGUAGAGCUUGGUUCAUAGUCAUAAAUUCUUUUUUGAACGACGCGCACUACUUAACCAACCCAUCGGUUCCUGUGGAACCGUCCGGCGAGGAUGAUUUGCCAUAUUAUGCGAGACGUCAUUCAACCUCAAAGCAGAGAACAAGUCAGGCGUCAAAACUCGCUGUGCUUGACAACUGCGUCUCUUGCUUUGACAUGUCAUUACCUCAACAGCUUCGCUUUCGUCCAGAGCGCCUGCAUUCGCCCUCACUGGGUCAGAACAAACCAGAUACGCACAGAAAAGAGAGCGAGAAACAAACUAUUCAUGCCAUGAUCCAUCUUGCUAAGAUAAUGAUCCUUCACAAAGAUUGCUUUCAUCACAGCCGCCGGGGUGCUGAGAGCAGGGAUGGCAUCGGCAUAUUCGGCAACAAAACCUCUCCAACACUAGACGAAGCCAACUCAUAUUCUAACUCGGUAUGGUCGAGAUAUCUUCUCGCUGCAGAAAAUGUGGUUGGCAUCGUCCGCAAUGCAUCGAUAGAUCACAUUCGCUAUAGACACCCUCUUUUAGUAAACACAUUUUGGAUCGUGGCUGCGAUACAGCUUGUGCAGGGAGCAUUUGCGAAAACAAAUUGUGAGAAAGUCUUGGCGCAAUCCAACUUUGAGUUGCUGUGUUUGACAUUGAUCCAACACGAGCAAUACUGGAGUACCUCACCUGUACUGUUACAGAACUUGAAAAAACUACAAAGAAGUCUUGAC